AUGGUAGAGAGAGCACGAGCUCUAGUUGCUGAACUGACCCUGGCCGAGAAGAUGAGUUUGAUGGGACAUACUGCUUCUGAAGUGAAACGUCUGAACAUUCCCAAGUACCAGUGGUGGUCGGAGGCACUUCACGGUGUUGCUGCCUCCCCGGGUGUAGUCUUUCAGGAGCCCACACCAUUUGCCACGGCCUUCCCUCAGGUAGCCCUCACCGCCCAGUCGUUCGAUAAGCCCCUGUUCCACGAUAUUGCCUCGAUCAUUUCGACAGAGGCGCGAGUAAUGAACAAUGCUGAGCGAGCCAACCUGACAUACUGGUCCCCGAACGUGAAUGUGUACCGCGAUCCUCGCUGGGGCCGUGGCCAAGAAACACCCGGCGAAGAUCCGUUCCUGGUGGCUACCUACGCUGUCGAGUUUGUGCGCGGUCUGCAGGAGGGAGAAGAUCCCCGCUAUCUGAAGGUGUCUGCGUGCUGCAAGCACUAUUCGGCAUACGAUCUUGAAAACUGGCAUGGCGUGGAACGAUUCGAAUUCGACGCGAUUGUGAGCGAUCGCGACAUGACGGACACAUUCCAAGUGCCUUUCGAGCAGUGCGUGAAAAAGGGACACGUAUCGUCUCUGAUGUGCAGCUACAACGCCAUCAACGGAAUCCCUGCCUGCGCAGACCGCGAGCUUCUCUACGGAACGGCGCGAGGCGGCUGGGGCUUCGAGGGCUACAUCACUUCGGACUGCGGCGCCAUCGAUACGAUCAUCUACAACCACCACUACACGAACGACACCGACACCACGGCGAUGCUGGGCGUGAGAGCGACGUGCGAUUUGGACUGCGGCGGCUUCUAUCAGCAGCACAUUCUGCACAGCGUGGAAUCAGGCCGACUGAAGGAAGCGGAGGUGGACGAUGCGCUGGCGAACCUGUUCAAGGUCCAGAUGCGACUUGGCCUGUUCGAUCCGGUGGAGCAGCAAGUGUACACGCACUACGGACUCGACAAACUGAACACCAAGGAGCAUCAGGCCAUGGCGCUGCGUGCUGCGCGCGAGGGAAUUGCGCUGCUGAAGAACCAGAACGACUUCUUGCCGCUGUCUCUGAAAGACAAGCACGUGGUGGUGAUGGGACCGUAUGCCGAAGAUGCCGGCGUGAUGCUUGGCAAUUAUAAUGGAAUUCCCGAGUUCAUCGUGACGGUGGCUCAGGGUUUGCGCAACGUGUGUGAUCACGUCGAUGUUGUGAAGUCUCUCGAGGCGUUGAGCAAGCUGGAGGGAGUCGAUCUGAUCGUCGUGACCGUCGGUCUCAACCAGGAGAUCGAGCGAGAAGGUCUGGAUCGCGAGGAUUUGCUGCUUCCCGCGAGCCAGAGAGCUCUGCUCGACGGCCUGCUCGCGCAGACCGACGUCCCCGUGGUCUUGACGCUCCUCUCGGGAGGCGGUUCGGUGGAUAUCAGCGCGUACGAGCAGAACGAGCAUGUGGUGGGCGUGCUGGCAGUGGGGUAUGGAGGCAUGUUCGGAGGCCAGGCGAUCGCCGAAGUGAUCGUGGGAGACGUGAAUCCGAGCGGUCGAUUGGUGAACACGAUGUAUUACAAUGACUACGUGACGAAUCUGGACUACUUCGAUAUGAACAUGCGUCCGAAGGAGGAGACCGGAUUCCCGGGAAGAACGUAUCGGUUCUUCGCGGGUCCUGUGAUCCAUCCGUUCGGCUUCGGCUUGUCUUACACGACGUUCGCCCACGCAGUGGAGAUUGGGCAGAUGCGGAACCACCGCCUUCGAUCUGCGCUGGCGAUCGACGUGUACGUGAAGGUGACCAACACGGGCAGUCGACAGGGAGACGAGAGCGUUCUGCUGUUUGUGAAGUCCCCGCUGGCUGGAAAGCAGGGAUAUCCGCUGAAGAGUCUCGCGGACUUUUCGCGCGUUUCUUUGGCUCCUGGCGAGACGCAGACGGUCCACUUCGUUCUGGGCGAAGAGCAGCUGCACCUGGCGAAUGAGCAGGCGAAGUACGUGCUGCUUCGCGGUGAAUGGAAGGUGGAGGUGGAGGAGGCAUCGGCGAGAUUCGUCCUCUUUUCUGUUUGUUGGAACAAACAUAUACUGACUCUUUGA